AUGGACUUCUACGGUCUGACAGACCGCCUCGCCUUCCUCCUGACAUCCAUCCUCGACGAAGACAACGCGCCGCCACCGGAAUGCGCCUCGGCUCUUAGAAGCCACUGCGCGUUGCUGCUGUCCCUAUUAGAGGACGUCGAGCCGCUCGUAGACGCGUGGAGCGCGCAGAGGCAGCAGCUUCGCGGAAACAUCCUGCUGCAAUCGGCGUUGGACGAUCUGAGGGCGGUGCUGGAGGAAGCUUCCGGGCUGCUGUACUGGUGCUCAUUGGCGCGCAGCAAGGCGUACAUCGCGGUCAGCUCGGAAUGGGCAGCGCAAAAGUUUCAGGACCUGACCAUGCGACUGGGUGACGCUCUGCGCGACGCACACUCCGUCGUCGAGCCGUCGCCCGUGCAGCAGCCGCACUGGCACGGGCUGUCGCACGGGCAAGCCUCAGGAUGGCAGUUCCAGCCACCGCCUCACCCUCGUUCCAUACAUGCGCUUCUUCUCCCCUUCUCGCCCUUUCCGCUUCUCCACCUCCGCCGGUCCCCUCGCUUCGCAGGUGCCGCACAUCCUCUCGAAGCUCUCGCGCGCGCACUACCCCGUAGAGCCCUCCGCCGUGCGCUGCCGCGAGCUAUUGCCUUGCUCUUCUUGUCUCGUCAUUCAAUCCUGUUCCCUAUGGACCACCUACCCCCGCCCCCCGCUCCGCAGGUGCCGCACAUCCUCUCGAAGCUCUCGCGCGCGCUCUACCCCGUAGAGCCCUCCGCCGUCCGCUGCCGCGACACCAUCGCCUCCGUGAGUAGCGCGGGAACGUCUGGUUACCAUAGCGCUAACAGCAACAGUGACAAUGACAGAGGUACGGGGACUGACACCGAAGCUGGAACAGCCACGGAUUCAGGUUCGGACGCUUCCGUGCCAGCCUCCGUGGGAUCCUCGUUUGAGUAUGCCCCGAUAGCACCUGCAGCGAUUGUUCGUUUCAAGAACCCUGCUUUGGUAACUGCUGCCCUAUCUGUGGUUAAGAUUAUGCGAGAGGAGUGCCUGGGUAUCCCUUUCACCGAACCUGCUCCCUCUCUUCCUGCCGAACCUGCUCCGGCCGGCGAUGCUCUUCCUGCUCUUCCUCUCCCCCCUGGCGCUGCUGCUGCUGCUGCCGCCGCCGCCGCCGCCGCCGCUGCUGCUGCUGCUGCUGCUGCUGGUCCCUACUCCGCUGCAAACUACCCAUACCCUCCCCCCUCCCCUGCCAUGCCAGGCCUACCCCUCACAGCACACCCCUGGGUGGCCCCUUCCCCCUCCCACCCGCCCAUCCGCUACUCCUCCUCUGCGCCUGGCUAUGGCGUCCCACCCACUCCCUUCUCCGAGCGUGCGGGGUCCAUGCGAGCGGCUUCCCCCACUCGACCCCCCUCCUUGCCCGCGUCUCACUCGUUCCCGUCACCGUAUCCUGCUGGGUCUGCCGCUUCUGCUGCCGCUGCUGCUGCCGCUGCUGCUGCUGCCAAUGCUACUCCAAGGCACUUCUCAGCAGCGCACCCGGGCUUUCCCGCACUGCACCAGCCGCACGCUCCCCUCGCUCCCACCACCCCCUCUCGCUCCCUCGCUUCCGCUGCUGCUCCUCCUCUUUCCACCACCCCCUCUUUCAACUCUGCUCAUACCAACUGGGCCCUAGCAGAGACAGCUACUUUCGCUCUAGUCAAUCUUACUCUCAAUCCAAUCAACUGCAAUCUAGUCACCGAUCUCGGUGCCGCCCCAAUCCUUGUCCACAUCCUCCGUGCCGCCCCGACCGCCGUCCGGGACGCGGCAAUCGCCGCCCUCUUCGUCCUUUCCUCGUGCGACGCCGCCCGGCUGGACAUCGGCGCGGCCGGCGCGAUCCCGCUCCUCGUCUCCAUCCUACUGGACGAAAAGCCCCAGCGGCAGCCCUCGGCCUGUCCGGCAAACUCAGACCGGGCCAAAGAGGACGCUCUACUCACUCUCCUCAACCUCUCCCACUUAGCUUCCAACAAAUCAACCCUCCUCCUCUCAGGCGCCCACCGCGCGUUAAUCCACAUUAUAACGCGCGCUCCCGGCCACCGGCUAGCAGACAAGGCUCUCGCUACAAUGAGACAGCUUGUAACGAGGCCAGAGGGGAGGGAGGCGGUGGUGCAGGCGGAGGGAGUAGGUGCACUGGCAAGGGCGUUGGAGAGAGGAUCGGAUAAGGGGAAGGAGGAAGCCACGGCGAUACUGGUGGUACUGUGGGAUAGCAAUGGUGGAGGACAUCGGAAGGCGAUCAGGGAGAAGAAGAUUGGGAAGCUGCUGACGGCCGUGGCUCGGACGGGCUCGGAGCGAGGACGAGCAAAGGCUCUUCAACUGCUGAUCCACCUCGCGUGA